AUGGCUGUGCGCGUGAUUCGAGGAAUGGAUGACCUGGUGGCAUCUAGCAGCCAGCUCAUUUGGAGUGUGGCACAUGAGACCUUAAGGAGGUGGUACAACCGCACAUUGUUGCCAUGCCAACAUUUUCUUGUAGCAUGCUUAAGGAUUGGACAAAGCUACCAGAUGACUGAGGGACGUCAGUGCCAGGUACACCUACUCGACGGUCGGAAAUUGGAGCUGCUGGUUCAGCCCAAGCUUCUAUCGCGAGACCUGUUAGAUUUGGUGGCAUCCCAUUUCAACCUGAAGGAGAAAGAGUACUUUGGCCUUUGUUUUAUAGAUGAUACUGGUCAGAAUAACUGGCUUCAGCUGGAUCGAAAAGUCCUUGACCAUGACUUCUCUAAGACUUCAGAUACACUGGAACUCAAUUUUUUUGUGAGAUUUUACAUUGAGAAGAUCACCUUUUUAAAAGAAAACACGACUGUGGAGCUGUUCUUCAUGAAUGGAAAAUCGUUGGUGUUUAAUGAGCGCAUCGACGUGGAAAGCGAGCACGUUUUCAAGUUGGCUGCAUUCGCAUUGCAGGAGCUCAACGGUGAUUUUACAUGUACUGAAACAGCUAAAACAAACCUAAAGAAUCUCCCAGUUCUGCCCACCCAAGUUCUCAGAAAGCACCCGUCUCUCAGUUAUUGUGAGGACAAAGUGAUCGAACAUUACAAGAAACUGAAGGGGGUGACCAGAGGACAGGCCAUUGUUAAGUAUCUAACCCUGCUGGAGUCCUUGCCGACAUAUGGGGUCCAUUAUUACCCAGUAAAGGACAAGCAGGGAAUACCCUGGUGGUUAGGUGUCAGCUACAAAGGUGUUGGCCAGUAUGACUUACAGGACAAGCUGAAACCUAGAAAGUUGUUCCUGUGGAAGCAGUUGGAGAAUUUGUAUUUCCGAGAGAAGAAAUUUGCUGUGGAAGUAAACGACCCCCAAAGUCAAACAGUGAACAAGCGGCCCUUUGGACAAACUGGCCUUAUCAUUCACUCCUGGUAUGCCAGCCAUUCUCUUAUUAAAACUAUCUGGGUGAUGGCCAUCAGUCAGCACCAGUUCUACCUGGACAGAAAGCAAAGUAGAUCAAAUAUGACCACAACACGAAGUUCAGGAGAUAUUGCCAUGGAUCUUACAGAGAUCAGUGCCCAGCGGCUCAGUAAACACCCUGGUCUUGAAAGCAAAGAUCACCUUAUCAUGGCAAGCAGUGGGAGCCUCAUCUCAGCUGGUUCUGCCGACUCUGACGUUGCUGAGGAGCAAAAGAAACAGAAGAUUUCUGAGUUAAAAACAAAAGAGAAGAAACUUAAAGACACACUUACGCAGAAACUUGAAGAACUAAAGAAGAUCUGCAUGCGAGAAGCGGAACUUACAGGCAGUUUACCUAAAGAAUAUCCCUUGAUUACUGGUGAAAAGACCCCUCAAGUUCGAAGACGUGUUGGGACAGCAUUCAAGCUUGAUGACCUUUUCCCCUAUAAUGAGGAUCCUUAUUUGAGGAACCUGGAAAGCAGAUUUGCCUUGCAGCAGAAGAUUGUGGAAGCAGCCAUCAAGCUAACUAACGAGAUGGACCUUAACAAGACAGUGAAAAAAAAGAGAAAAAACAACUGUCUUGAUGCAAUGCGGAAACUGGAGGAGAUUGAGCAGGAGAUCAAUGCCUAUAGGGUCCGAAAAGGAAAAAAACCCACCCAGAGAGCUUCACUGAUCUUGGCAGAUGACGUCAAUCCAUCAGAACUCAGCUCUCUGUCUGACAGUUUCACAUUGGAUGAAGAUGACGAUCUCAGCUCCCAGAGGCAGCGAUCAAGUUCAGUCCAGUACUCUCCAAAACCCCACCAUGCAGACACACUCAGCAUCCACUGUAGCAAGGAGAGACGCUCUUCGGCUAAUGACCAGCACGCUAACAGCAGGUUAAAUUACAGUCCAAUCCAAGAGCCAGCCCACCACAGUCACCAUGAUGCCUUAUUAAGUCACAACAGUCCAUACAAAUCAGCUUGCAGACAGCCACGUGAUGCUCGCAGUAUGCCCCCCACCCCACUGCUCCCCCGCAACGCUUAUAGCAGUACUCAUCUAAAAUCAGAGGACACAACGCAUCUUUUUCGCCAACGUAGCGGCAGUCUGGAGUCUCAGUCGCAGUUUCUACCAGAGACUGAACCACCUGUGCCCACGUUGAACUUCACCCCAACCCGACGCAGCAACAGCACUGAGGUGCUCGAUGAUGGCUCCUCCUACACCAGCCAAUCCAGUGUGGAGUAUGCAGUUCCUGGGAACCACAACCACCGGCGUCGAGUGCGUGGCCGCCACCGGAAAGAUAUUUAUGCCAACACAGGCAGCAUGCCCAACUUAGCACAACCAGAGACUCACUGUUAUGCAUUCCAGCCCCGCACUCGUCCCACUACUACUGCCUACUACAUAACAGGAUAUCCUCACCAUACAGAGCCAGAGCAUUACUCUAAUGGCGCCUAUAUGUACGACAAUGAGACAGAGGGACAUUACAGCGUCAAUACAUCAUUCCAUUCCACCCAUGCGGUUUAUCGUGCCCAUGAUAUGCACAGUCGUUAUGGUGGCGAUGAGCUUGAUGGCAACUCGCAGAACUUGUAUGCAACGAUCCGGCCACCCAGAAACCGCCCAGCUCCCCGGAGUGAAGAACAGAUGUCAAGGAACUUUCAGAAGGCUGUUGUGGCUGAGCACUUGAGAGGCUGGUACCAUCGCAACACUGCUUACAAGCAGGCUGCAUACGACUAUGACCGAGGCUCCUUGCAGAGUCUGGGCUUCCAAACAAUGCCUGCACCCUUCAAUCAAAACAACAGAAGCCUCUCUUACUCAACAGGCUCCUCUACCGGAAACUGGCAUGGCAAUAUGGUGGACUGUGACAUACCUAAGCAGAUACCACAGGCCUACACCUACACUACAGCUCCCUUCAGCCGCUCCACCCACAGCAGAUCCUACAUAGAAGUCAACCAAAUGGACAUCAGCAACCGAACGCAAACAAGCAUGGACCCACAUGAUCGGAUUCACUGGCAUGAAGACUCAAAACCGGGAACAAUUGUUUAG